AUAAAUUACCCUGUGGCUCCUCGUCGCGAACCACUUCGUUUAACAUUUACGUCAAGUAUACUUUGCGACGCUGUUCUUCUCUCUCUCUUUCUCUGCAUUUCUACCCUCAAUACAGGCAAAUCAAUAACUACUUAAUAACUUUUCUUCGGACAACACGCCAAAAACUCUCUUUUAUGGCAGACCCAACUUCUGAUGUCCCUUCGGGACCGCCGCCGCCCAAAGUUCCUGAGGGUUGGAUAGCGAAAUGGAACGAACAGUACAAGGAAUGGUACUACGUCAACAUCCACACAAAAAAGUCGCAAUGGGACAAGCCCGAUGCGCCCGCGGUACCGCCACCACCACCCACUGGCGAUGGCGUUCCCGAGGGCCCGCCUCCGUCAUACCAGGCCUCGGCAUCAUCGGCGACGGCGACCCCCACCGACGUCAAGAAGAACCCAUACGAGACCGAGCCGGCCGCUUCCUCAAAUCCAGCCGGCGUCGGCGGCAGCAGCAGCGGCCCGGCACCACCACCGGUGAACAGCCCUAGGCCAGGCGACCCCCCGAUCAGUGACGACGCCAAGCUGGCUGCGCAGCUGCAGGCCGAGGAGGACGCGCGUGCUCGCGGCAGCGGCGGCAACCCCAACUACCAUGGCUCCCCGGCACCGGGCCAAGGCUUCCCGAACCAGCUUCCCGCGCGCCAGGAGAAGUCUAAGGGCGGCAUUCUGGGCAAGCUCUUUGGCAAGGGGAAGCAAUCGCAGACGGCUCAUUACGGCGCCGGCCCUCCGCAGCAGCAGCAGUACCAACAGCCGCAACACCAGCAGGGCUACCCCGGCGCCGGUUAUCAACAGGGCGCGCCGUAUUCGCCCCAGCCUGGAUACGGCGGCUACCAGCAGCCCGGGUAUGGUUACGGUCAGCCGGGAUACGGGCCCCAGCCUGGCUAUGGUCACGCUCCAUACGGACAGCCCGGGUACGGCGGGUACCCUCAGCAGGCCGGUUACGGAGCGGGGAUGGCGCAGCAGGGGCGUGGUGGGCGCGGCGGCAUGGGCAUGGCCAUGCCCCUGGCCCUCGGUGCCGGUGCCGGUCUGCUCGGUGGUACUAUGCUGGCGGGUGCCAUGCACAGCGGAGAGCAGGACGCUUACCAGGAGGGUUACCAGGAUGGCGCCGAAGGUGAUUAUGGUGGUGGCGAUGAUUUUGGAGGUGGUGACUUUGGUGGCGACUUUUAAGAAUGAACGGGCGGGCUGUGUGCAUGAAAACCUGCUGCCUUUUCUUCAUUAAUUAUUUUGUUUCCUGCAACACUUGUUCUUGAAGACUCGUACAUACAUAUCCUAUACGAAUGAAAUGACCUCACAUUAUUUCACUUAA